UCUACAGUAAUGCUGUGUCUUUAUUUAGUCUUUUCUGUGAUCUAACCUAUGAUGCUGUGCUCUGUGCUCUUUCUGGAGGACUGAAGGAGGCUAGAAGCGUGAGCUGUCUGAUGGACUUGGGGACAGUCUUUUCCUCAACACUAUGAACAAGAUGAAGAAUUUUAAGAGGCGUUUUUCUAUGUCAGUCCCUCGCACAGAGACCAUUGAGGAAAAUGACAUCACUGAGCAGAUCAACCAACUCAAAAUAAAUGGGACUCAAGGCUUAACUCCAGACAAACUUGGUCCUCCAUCUCAUGAAAACAACCCAGUUAGCCCUGAAGCAACCAUGCCAGGAGUUCAGUCUCCAUCAAACCUUCACUACUGCAGCAAGGCCCAACAUAGACGUUUCUCCACUGAGGAUGUAAGUAAGCCCAUGGAUAUCCACCUACCACCAGAGUUUGUCACAAAGCUCCAGCUGGAAAGUGAAAAUGUAUCUCUCUGCAAACCUCUCAGCCGCAUGACUCGACGAGCUUCACUAUCUGACAUAGGAUUUGGAAAACUGGAGACGUAUGUAAAGCUUGGCAAACUGGGUGAGGGAACGUAUGCCACAGUGUUCAAAGGGCGGAGUAAACUCACAGAAAACGUUGUGGCACUGAAGGAGAUUCGAUUGGAACAUGAGGAGGGAGCACCGUGUACUGCUAUAAGAGAAGUGUCUCUACUGAAGAACCUCAAACAUGCCAACAUUGUUACAUUACAUGACAUCAUCCAUACCGACCGCUGCCUCACUCUGGUGUUUGAGUAUCUGGACAGUGACCUUAAGUGUUACUUGGACAACUGCAGCAACCUUAUGAGCAUGCAUAAUGUUAAGAUCUUCAUGUUCCAGUUGCUGCGUGGACUGUCCUACUGUCACAAAAGAAAAAUCCUCCACAGAGAUCUCAAGCCUCAGAACCUGCUUAUCAAUGACAAGGGAGAGCUCAAACUAGCUGAUUUUGGUCUGGCACGUGCAAAGUCCGUCCCCACUAAAACCUAUUCCAAUGAGGUGGUUACUCUUUGGUAUCGCCCCCCUGAUGUCCUUCUGGGUUCCACAGAAUACUCCACACCCAUUGACAUGUGGGGCGUGGGCUGUAUCCUGUAUGAGAUGGCCACAGGCCGUCCAAUGUUUCCUGGUGCCACUGUGAAGGAGGAGCUUCAUCUUAUAUUUAGGCUCAUGGGCACUCCAACAGAAGAAACGUGGCCUGGUAUCAGCAGUAAUGAGGACUUUCGCUCCUACCUCUUUCCAAAAUAUAAACCUCAAGCUCUAAUCAACCACAUGCCCCGGCUGGACACAGAGGGAAUUGACCUGCUAUCUGCUUUGCUUCUGUAUGAGACCAGAAGCAGAAUAUCCUCUGAAGCCGCUUUACGACACGCCUACUUCCUGAGUCUUGGGGAUAACGUACAUAAUUUGGCAGACACUGCUCCGGUGUUUUCACUCCGAGAGGUGCAACUUCAAAAGGACCCAGGCUACCGCAGCUCAGUGUUUCAGCCUUUUGGUCACGGUAAAUUUCGAAGACAAAGCAUCUUCUAGAGAUCGCAGAGAGAGAAGCUUUGUUUCCAUCCACAGCAUCAAGGACAACACAACUAAGAACAUCAACCUCUGUACACACACACACACACACACACACACACACACACACACACACACACACACACACACACACACACACACACACACACAGACAACUCAUACUCCAUACCCCUCUGGAAAACCUUCAUACUGUUACACCUGCCAGUAUACAAUAAUAAUCUUACAAAGAAUGCCAAAGAGAACUUUACAACUAAAUAAAUAUCCAGGCUGCUCUUUUUAAAUAGCAUAAGCCUUCUGUUCCCACGCAACGUCACACUGACAUCUCAAUAUACAGCAUGACCCAUUUCGAAUGCUUUUUGAUUCAUUUGAUUUUAAAGCCACAAAAAUCUCCUUGCAAGUAUGCAAAUGUGGAAAGUUGUGGACCUGAGGAGUUGAGUCCUCCGGGGUGAAAUGUGUUACUGUUGCCGAAGAAACAACAGAGAUUAAAACUACCGAGACUUUUCAUCAGUUAGUCUGAACUGAAUAUCUUUGCCUGAGGUAAUCUCGUUGCCUCUUCCAUCCCUGUUACGUGGCUUAUGUUAAACCACAGAUAAAACUCAAAUGAGAAAGAGAGUCAGAGAGCCAGUUGUGUUGACAUGCCUUCGAGCCGAGACUUGAACCCCUAUAGCACCAAAACCUGAACCCCUAUAGCACCAAGACCUGAACCCCUAUAGCACCAAGACCUGAACCCCUAUAGCUCCAGCCUUGCAGCUGCAUCUUUUGGGACCAUCAGGGGGUUGAUGUAUCAGUGCAGAUAAAGUUAACAGUGACACUUAGAUAAUUAGUACGUUUCUCUACCUCGACAAGUAAGUAAGGAAAGUCAUGUCAUGUCCAUUCAGCCCUCUGUUCAGCCGGCAGUUAGAUGAAGGUCCUGGACAGGGACAUUCAUGGCUAACCUGUAAGGACGUUCUAAGGGACGUUUAGCUGUGUUAAACUUCCAACCUUGCCUCACCCUUCCCUUAAUGGCAGUAGUGCUACGUGUUUUGCUGUGUUAAAUUAAGCUAUUUUAAAUACUGUUGUAAAGAAGAAAUAACAAAUACAUAUGUGAACUGUAUAUAUGUCCUGUAUGUAUGUAUUUUAAUAAAUGUUUUCAUCUACCUAAGUGAGUUUGCUAUUAAAACACAUCAGAGUAUUGUACUUAAAUUCAGAAUCGAUUCAAGUGUUUUCUGGAGCAAAUUUAGAUUUGUAUGAGAUGUGAUAUUUUGUGUGAUUUGUCUACCCUGUUAUACAAUUAAAAAAUGAAUGUACUGUAACUGCCAAGUGGCAGAAAAUUGA